GCCAAUGACGUCAUGACGUUGAGGUACUUCCUGGACACGCAGGGUCCGUUCCGCAAAUCGUGCCUGUUCUGGUUUAGAAGGCCAAAUAGCGACUUUUUGCUUCAAAGACGUGAUGGCUGCAACAUUGCGUUUACUUUUCUCUGUGUCAAGGCCAGGCACUUUUGUGGCCAGAAAAAUUCUAGUGAGGUCCUUCAGUGUGUCCACACAAAGGGAAGGAUUCAAGUAUGUGAAUGCCAAAGAGAACCUCACAGACAUGACGUCCAUCACAGACCGAGCUGCUCAGAAGCUUAUGUUGACAGAGCUCAUCAGAGGGCUGGGCAUGACGUUGAGCUACAUGUUUAGAGAGCCCGCUACCAUCAACUACCCGUUUGAGAAAGGGCCACUGUCACCACGCUUCAGAGGAGAACACGCACUGCGCAGGUAUCCUUCAGGAGAGGAGCGCUGCAUCGCUUGCAAGCUGUGUGAAGCUAUCUGCCCUGCACAGGCUAUCACCAUCGAAGCAGAGACUCGUGCUGACGGCAGCAGGAGGACGACUCGCUACGACAUCGAUAUGACCAAAUGCAUCUACUGCGGCUUUUGUCAGGAGGCGUGUCCUGUGGAUGCUAUCGUAGAGGGUCCUAACUUUGAGUUUUCCACUGAAACCCACGAAGAACUGCUCUACAACAAGGAGAAGCUCCUCAACAACGGCGACAAGUGGGAGGCAGAGAUAGCUUCCAACAUACAAGCUGAUUACCUCUACCGAUAGACACCCUACACACACACACACACACACACACACACACACACACACACAGUGUACAGUUAGCACAUCCAAGAAUAACCUCUCUGACACACAUGCACACAUACGUCCAUACUGUAAGACAUAAUCGGCUGUGGAUGUGCUUCAGUGUUGAGUUUGCCAAUACGUCUUUUAUUUUAAAUCAGACAUCCACAACACAUUUCCUCUAGUUUUAGUAUUAUCCCCCUUCCAAUAUAAUGAAUAUACUUUGAUAUGUUUCAGAUUUUGCCAUGUCACUGUUUGGAUUACAUAUUAAUUGUAGAAUGAUAGCUGUCUUUGUGAUGAUUGUACAGUUGUCCAGCUCCCUCAGCAUGCUCCAGUUAGUGAUCAUCCAGUCAUCCACAUGGUUGUGUCUGCACUGUCCCACUAGACUAAAAAGCAUUGAGACUUAGUCAUGCUGUGGCAGUAUUGGUGCUGUUCACUGAUUGCAGAUGGCAUCAUUCCGAUGUCACACAGCCAGUAUCCAUGGAUAUUGUUAACAUAUUGGAUGUCAGUGCAGUUUUACUGUCUUUGUACUGUUUCCACCCUGAUUUAAGAAAUAAAAUUAUUGGAGAAACACUAUGUGGAGUGUGAAAGUUCCAUCUUGACUUUCAUCUCAAGGUCACCAAACUGCAGACUCAAUGAUGAAGACUGUGACCCCUGUGUUUAAAAGCUCUUGAAAGGCUAGUUGGUAGACUUUGAGUUAAGAAGGAUGUUUUGUCUGAAUUGGAUUCAUGAAGUAUUACCAUAAGGGUAAAAUUGAGGAAGAUGCCCACCCACAUGUAAUUCAGCUGUGACCAUUAAAGGCCUCGGAAGUUCA